ACUGCGUGAAUAAAUCGGCUAGAUGAUGCUCCGUGCUCGACGGCUCGUAUUAUUUAAUUGAAUAUUUAUUUUCGUAAAAAUAAAAAAAUAAAAAAUAAAAAAGAGGCGAAAAGGGUGACGAAGUGUUCAUUCUUCAAUUAAGUUUCACAUUUUCAUGAUUAAAAUUCCUCCAUUGCAACAACUUGCAAUCUCCAUUCGUUGCUCUCUCUCAAACUAGCGAUUCCCGCUACUCAAUAAGAUCUUAAUCAGCAUGGAUUUCAUGAAGGUUGUGGAUCAAGCUGUUCGCGAAAUAAAAAGAGAGGUGAACUUGAAGGUAUUGAAGGUUCCUGAGAUCGAGCAAAAGGUGCUGGAUGCAACUGAUAAUGAGCCUUGGGGUCCUCAUGGAAGCGCACUGGCAGAAAUAGCUCUGGCCACCAAAAAAUUUUCUGAAUGCCAGAUGGUUAUGAAUGUUCUCUGGACGCGAUUGGGUGAAACAGGAAAGGAUUGGCGUUAUGUUUACAAGGCACUGGCUGUGAUAGAGUAUCUCAUCGCCAAUGGAUCUGAACGAGCUGUUGAUGAGAUCAUAGAACAUACUUUUCAAAUUUCAUCACUCGCAGGCUUUGAAUAUGUUGAACCUAAUGGAAAGGAUGUGGGGAUCAAUGUCAGGAAGAAGGCGGAAAACAUUGUAGCCCUUCUAAAUAACAAGGAUAAAAUAGAAGAAGCCCGGAAAAAAGCUGCUACUACCCGUGAAAAGUAUGUUGGCCUCUCAUCUACUGGGAUGUCGUACAAGUCAAGUUCAGCUUCAUAUGGUGGUAACAGUUCCCAGAGCAGCAACAGGUAUGGAGGGUUCAGUGGCAGAUAUGAUGAUGAUGGUUACAGGAGCAAAAAUGAAGAUCAUUCUGGACAAGAUAAAUUUGAGAAAUUUGUUCCCAAGUCACAUCAAGGAGCUUCUUCUGAAAGGAAAACAUCUCAUUAUAGCAGCAGGAAUCAGGACCUUCCUUUAGCAGGUUCUUCAAAACCAUCUUCAGGGAUCAACUCCGAUGAAUACUCUGCCAUUUCACAUCAGAAUGCAAGUGCGACUUCAAAUGGACAGAUAGAUGAUGAUGAUGAUGAUGAUUUUGACCCUCGGGGUACUGCUGCAACAAAGCCUGCUCCUGGAAGUUCACAACAAGUGGAUCUUUUCGGAGAAAGUUUAAUUGGAGACCUCUUGGAUGCACCUACAACUACUCCCUCACAAAGCAGUGCCAUGAGUAGCAAGUCAUCCGAUGUUGAUCUAUUUGCAGAUGCUGAUUUCGUAUCCGCUGCUCCCCCAGUGGAAGGAAAAGCAAAAUCUCAAACUCAGCCAAAUAUUGAUUUGUUUGCUGCACAGCCUGCAUCAUCCACUGCACAACCAGCACCUUCGGCUGCAGCUUUUUCAACAAUGGACUUCUUUGCAGCAUCUGAUCCAGUUGUGCCACCUGAAAUAAAAUCUGAAAGUACUGGGCCAUCAAAUGUGAACUUUGUAGAUCCGUUUGCAACUAUUCCAUUAAACAGCUUUGGUGGAUCUAAUCUUCUUGGGGCAUCUUCCACUCAAACUGAUCAAUUAUCUGCAGAGCCCACAGAAAAUCCCCUUAAGAAUAAUGCUGCAUUUGACUUGAAUGCCAAAUUCUUACCAGAAUCAAAAGCACCUCUGAAAAAGGACAAUUUCCAGGUUAAAUCUGGAAUUUGGGCUGAUUCUCUGAGCCGUGGACUGAUUGAUCUUAAUAUAUCUGCUCCCAAGAAGGUAGAUCUGGCAGGUAUUGGAAUAGUUGGUGGUUUGAGCGAUGGUUCAGAGGAGAAGCAGAAGGCACCUGCAUCUUAUAACAUGGGGUCAGCCAUGGGCAUGGGCAUGGGUAUGGGCAUGGGUAUGGGUAUGGGUACGGGUACUGGAUUUGGUGGAAGUGGUGCUAAUCCAACGCAAACUGGUGGAGAUGAUUUUUUCUCAAGCUUUACCAGCAGCAGCCAGUAUCAGUUUGGUGGCUUCCAGAAAUGAUUCAUUCCAUUCUUUUUCUUCUACAAUUCUUUUUGUGACCUCAAAUAUUUGUUUGUUUGAUGAGAGGCUUAAGGUUCGGUUAAUUUUAACAUGGUUGUUCUUGAUCACUUUCGAAGAAUGGAUCGUAUUGAUUGAGAUGUUGUGGUAUUUCAUCAAAAUGAGAGUAUUUUGUUAGAGGCUUAGUGCCCUCUAAUGCAAAUUAAUGAGGAGCUGUAUUUUGAGUGCACCUGAUGGUUCUCUGUAUGUAAUGUUGUAUGUACUUGAAUUGAAGAGAGGGUAAUAAUAUCUCGGUUCUAUUGUUCCGUGUC